CUCCUCGUUCAAAACGUCAACAGCGCCAAACUUGGGGCUCCCCAUUAGGAAAAUGAGUACUGAUAACAAGGAGCCACAGUGGAGGAAAAUAAAUUCCGUUGCAGGAGUGAUACCUCGGUCCAGGCACGGACACCGAGCAGCGACAAUACGGGAGCUGAUUAUUGUUUUCGGUGGUGGAAACGAAGGGAUAGCAGAGCACCUCCAUGUUUACAACACUGUCUCAAAGCAGUGGUUCCUGCCUGCGGUGCGGGGUGACAUCCCGCCUGGCUGUGCUGCCCAUGGUUUCGUCUGUGAAGGUACCAGAAUACUGGUCUUUGGAGGCAUGGUUGAGUUUGGGAAAUACACAAACAGCAUUUAUGAGCUUCAGGCUAGUCGCUGGCUGUGGAAGAAGCUGAAGCCCAGAGCACCAAAGAACGGCUCCCUUCCUUGUCCACGGAUUGGACACAGCUUCUCUCUUGUGGGUAACAAGUGCUACCUGUUUGGAGGGCUGGCCAAUGACAGUGAAGAUCCCAAUGGCAAUGUACCAAGAUACAUGGAUGAUUUCUAUGAGCUGGAACUGCAGUCUGUUUCUGGAGCACGAGGGUGGAGCAUCCCAGAGACAAAAGGUGGUGGUCCCUCAGCUCGGGAAUCUCACACCUCGGUUACUUACACUGGACUUGGCUCCCCAAAGCUCUACAUCUUUGGAGGGAUGCAAGGGUCCCGGUUAGAUGAUCUCUGGCAGCUCGAUCUCGAAACCAUGGUUUGGUCCAUGCCUGAAACCAGGGGUGCUACACCUCUUCCCAGAAGCCUUCACUCUGCAAAUGUUAUUGGAAACAAGAUGUAUGUUUUUGGUGGCUGGAUUCCCAUUCCAGAGUCAGGAAAACACAAUGCUGAAGGAACUGAAUGGAUCUGCACGAACUCCUUAAGUGUACUCAACUUAGACACUUUGUGCUGGGAGAACCUGGGCCCAGAGGAGCAGGAUGACAUAGAGUCCCAGCUGCAGAGCCAGGGACCUCAGACUGAUGACCCCUAUGCCUGCAGACCUGGAGCUAGAGCUGGCCACUGUGCUACCACCGUUGGGUCCAGGCUGUACAUUUGGAGCGGGCGUGAUGGAUACCGCAAGAACUGGAACUACCAGGUCUGCUGCAAGGACCUCUGGUUCCUGGAGACAGCUCUGCCAACAGUUCCAGAGGCAGUGUUACUGGUCAAAUCUACAGUCAGCAUGCUCCAUGUAGCAUGGCGCCCCCUGGCGGCAGCAGACUGCUACCUCCUUCAAAUCCAGCCUGUGCGUCCUCCCAGCUCUGCAGCCGGGGAUCCACCUGCUGCACCUCUGAAUCCAGGUGCAGCUGAAGGAAGGGAGGGGAAAGAUAAAGACUCUGCAGGUGUUCAGUCCCUUCAAUCUCAAACUGAAAGAGCCACUAAUAAAGACUCAAAAGCAUUGGCCCAGCAGGACACGACAGACAAAUCAUCCAAUGGCACAACACAGAGCAGAGCAGAAGGAGGGAUGAGUACUGGGACUAAAGACAAAGGACAGGAGGCAGCAACAGCAGAGAAAAGUGACUCGGCCCACCAGCAGUCAGAGAAACAGCCCGAUUCAGCUGACAAGACCUCAGAUUUCAGCCAAACUGAUAAGAAGGCUCCAGAAGAAUCUGUUUGGUAUGAUGCUGGUGUCUUCAAAACACUCUUCUCUGAGGUUCACCAUUACUUUCUACCCGCUGACAGUGAGCAAACGACCACUGCCAUCAGCAGCCGAACACCAAAUGCAAAAGAGCCUUUCCUUCAGAGAAAGCUGCCUGGACCUCAGGACUACCAGAACAGAGAGAAGCAGGAGCUGAGUCCAGGUCAGACCUACAGGUUCAGAGUAGCAGGCAUCAACUGUUACGGACAGGGAGACUUCAGCCAAGUCAGCGAGUUCAAAACCUGCCAGCCUGGCUUCCCUGGAGCGCCCUCUGCUGUCAGAAUCACAAAGGGAAGCGACUCAGUCCACAUCACAUGGGAGGCUCCCUCUUCUCCAUCAGGUCGGAUUCUGGAGUAUUCCAUGUAUAUGGCGGUGAAGAAGAGCCGCUCCAGCAGCUCCGAGCGUCCUAGUCAGAUGGCCUUCAUCAGGAUCUACAGGGGAACCAAGAUGUCCUGCUCCGUCAGCUCCGCUAACCUGGACAACGCCCACAUUGACUGCUCUGCCUCCAACCGGCCUGCCGUGGUUUUCCGGAUAGCUGCCAAGAACGAGCAGGGCUACGGCCCGGCGACACAGAUCCGCUGGAUUCAGGAUCCCAUAAAACUUCGAGCAUCCGUGUCAAGAACAGACGACGAAGCUGACCAGGAUGCUGCUGAUAGCUCCAGCUGAGAAAAGAUCAGGAACGAAGAUGUCACAUUUUGGAGAACACUGUAUGUGCACUCAGAAAGUGGGCAUUAAAUCCCACUCAGAUGUAUAUCUCUAGAUAGUUUUGUUAAUUUAUUUUUUUAUGUAUUUAAUUAUUACCUUGUAUAUAGAUAAUUUUCACAGGAUCUUUGACCACUUGGUUAUUUUACGUAGGCAAUUUUUUAAAUAAUUUAAUUUAGUAUGAUGCAGACUAAACUACAAAUGUGGCUUAAAACGUGUGAGAGGUUGGAGGUGCCUUAGAGCUCUUCAUAAGCUGUGAAUGCUUCAUUGAGAUUUGUUUUUUUUUUAAGAAACAGGCUGUUAACUGUGUCCAGGGAAGAAGCUAGAGUAGAAGAGGUUAGAUUCUCUGCCCAAGCCUGUGGCCUAGAGGCAGCUGAGGCCAGGAUCCUCACCCUUCUGCCUGGGGCUGAGCCAAGCUGAAGGGGAGUCAAAGAUAUCAGACAUACUGUCAGACAAAGCAGCACAGCGACACUGGCUAGCUAGUUAAUCUCCAGCCUGCUGAUUCACACCUGACAUGCAUCUUAAUCAACUCACAUGAUGCACAUCCUCCUAAUUCAGUUGUCUUUUUAAGCUGCAAGAUUUUCAGGCUCUCCCUCUGAUUUGUAAUUGCCAGCUCUGCCUUGAAUCAGCACUGUGCUCUCUCUUUCAACCCACCUCCGCCCCAGCAUCCACCUGGAGGCUCCAAUUGAGGGUAAAAAGAGUGAUGAAGUCAGAGCCUGACGCCAAAUAAAUGCUAUGCUGCCAUAAUAACUGCAUGAACAAUCACAAAAGUGAGUUCACUUACCAAACUAUAUUUUACGGUAGAUUUUGGUGUUUUAGUCUAAAUUUCCUGUCGCAUCUAACAGACUUCUACAUGUGCAACAAAAAUUAUGACCAGCUGCAGCUCUUGAAUUGAAUAAGAGAUCUUUUCAGUAAAAAUUACUCGCUGAACAGUUAAUUUAGGAACAUGACGCUCUUUUCUAUCAGUGAGUUUUUAACUUAAUGAGGUGAAUAAUAAAACUGUUUAAUAGUGGCUCUGCCAGCCUGAUCAACAUGUGUGCACCAAGGUUGUACCAGCUUUGGAUUUUUCAUCGUUUUAUUUUUAUAUAGUUUUUACUUUAGUUUUAAUUUGUUUUACUGCUGGUUUGUUAGUGUUGUUAUUUUGCAAAAAUGCUUCGUUCAAGUAACAUUUUUUCCUAGUUUUAGUGUUAGUUUUAGUUUUUUCAGAAUACCUGACCCAAAAAAGCUUUUCAGUUUUUAUUUAAUUUAUUGAAUUUUGAUGUUUGUAUACAUACUAGCCCUGAAAUUACCAUUAUAUGAAGACUUCAAUUAAAUCAGGCCAUUUUACACUCUCAGUCAGUCAGUAUGCUGCUGUCCGUGACUACAACUAGGGAGAUUUGUCUCUAAUUUCAUUCCUUUAGAAUUAGUUUUGUAAGCCAAGAGUCAAGUUUUAGUUUUUUGUUGGUAAAGCUUAGUUUUUGAGUUUCAGUUAACCAAACCAAUGUUUACCUUUUAGUUUUAGUUAUUUAGUUAGUUUUAGUUAACUAUAAUAAUCUUGGUGUCCACGCGGAGCUACUGUGUGCAAUUAUGCAAACAGAUGGAAGGGAAAAAAAGCAAAAACUUAAGUUAAUCUUAUGUUGUAAUGUAAAUCUGUUUACCCAGUAAGUGUCAGAACUAGGGGUGUAACGGUUCACAGAGGUCACGGUUUGGUUUGUAUUUUGGUUUUGUGGUCAUGGUUUGAUAUGGUAUUGGUUCAUUGAUAAAAAGGAAACAUAACCUCCAAAAUUUUUAAUUUCCUUCUCUAAUUAUUAUUAUUUAAACUAACACUAGUUAGUUGGUACAGCCUAUGAUGUAUUAAACAAGAGACAAAAAGAGUGGAAAAAUGCAAAAUAAAAAACAGAAGUUAAGAGCCCAACAUCUCCUGAUUUGACAGAAUAAAAAUGAAUACAGUAUAAAAUACAAAUUAAAAUAUGUGCAUUUUACAGAAAUGUAUGAAAUGUAUGACUUAUUAAUUUUGCUGUGACACUGUUGUGGUUAAAAAGCCAGUGCAGUGUGCAAAAUCUGGACUCGUGUAUUUUAGUGAAGGACUACACACUAGUUCUGUUAACACAGGGUGGGAAUUUGUAAUUGCGUCUGAGCUGAGCGCUUAAAUACACGCUUGGGGUCGGUGUUCUCUACUCCUACAGGCAUCAGCAACAUCUCUGACCCUUUCUGCUUUCACAGAUGAUGAGCAGGGGGAGAACAAGCCAACGGGUCUUGCUUCUCGUGCAGCGGGUGCUAGCUCUUCUUCAUAGUAUAUUAUGUUUUCCUGGCUUCUUCGUUUGUUGUUUAAUAGCAGUAGAAAACACUAACAUUGCUGCCACAUAGAUUUUUAGGCUUGGUUUGUCAAAUUUUUUUACGUUUUUAAUUGUUGACGUAUUCAUGUGACUACAUGCACCAAACUGCAACCCCAGAACGACAAAUCCCAGCACCGUUACACCCCUAGUCAGAGUAGUUCAGACUGCAGUAUGGUAACGGGCCGAUGCUCUCCAUAGGACUCAUCCUGCAUCGAUGUCGGCGCUGUCACUUGUCAUCCUUGCUGCUCUUCUUAGAAGCAACAAAAUUUGCCAUGACUGUCAUAUGUUUUCAUAUGCUUCACCCUCGUUAAGAUCUCUGAUCAGAUUUCUGGCAUUCAUUAAACUUUAGUUGUAAGAGCUGACUUGUCAAAAAUGCUGGAUUUAGAGCAGGCUUAGAUCCUUAAAUACUGUUAGUAGCAUGGGACAGAAUUAGAGGGAAUGUGCAUGGGCCUGGCUGGGAUAUUGGGGCCAAUCUAAACUCUAGUUGAGGUUAAGUGAUAAUCACAAGGGACUAAUAACCUCACUAACCACUGACCACAAUGUAUGAGCACUGAAAUGCACAUUUAUACCCCUCUGAAGAUCUUUGUCUUCACAGCCUUAUGCCUCUAUGAGUAGUCAGUAUUAAUGACAUCACUACGUCACAUUUGUAGUUACAUUUCUUUUAUUUUGGUCUUCUUUGUCAUAAGAUUUACAUUUACAUGUUUAAGUUAAAGUAAUGCAAAUGUAACUCACAUAAAGUGUGCACUACUCAUGCUCCAGAUAUGAAUUAAAGGAAUGAACAUGG